AGUCAAUACACAAAAAUCACAAAAUCAAACACGCGAUUCGUACCGAAAUUAUUUUAUUUUUAUAUGAAACAAUAAAACGACAAUCGUCGUCGUACGGAUACGAUUAGAUCCCAACUGUUUUUGUUUGACUCCGUAGACUGUGUUUUUGAGAGGAUUCUUCGAUCGAAUAUUUUUUUUUGUCAACCAGUAGACGGCGCGCAUGAGCGGUAGAUGCUGAGAAGGGUUCCAUCGCGUUUUUUCUAUUCGUCUAUUGUCUGAUAUCUAAUUUAUUCCAUACGAGCCAAUAGGGUUCGAUACUCGAUAUUCGAUGGCACUUAUUUUAAAUUAGACUCGCUAUAUAAAACCAGAAGGUAUGUCGGGCGGCGUCUCACUUGUCAUUACAUUUUAGAAGAAAUUCGUGAUCAUCCGAAAGUGAGAACAAAAUGGGUGAUCUGAAACCACAAGAAAUUGAAACCGCUGAAUUUAUAGUCGAGGUAUUCGGGGAAGAAGAUAAAAAAUUAGACGGAACAUUAUUAGGAAAAUUCAUGUUUUGCAUGAACAUCAAUCCCAGUCAAGAAAGAUUAAAAACCGCCGGUUUGACAACGAAAAAAGGAGAAAAAGUUUUCACCGUAGAAGAACUUUUGAAUCUCUACAAAGAACUCAAGAAAGAAGUCAAAGAUUUCGGUUGUUACGAAGAUUUCGUCGAAUGUUUGAAACUCUACGACAAAAACGAAAACGGAUACAUGCUGGCGGGAGAAUUGAAUCAUUCAUUAUUAACUUUAGGGGAGAAAUUAACUGAAGCGGAAGUGGACGAAUUAUUCGAUACCUGUUUAGAUGAAGAAAAUGAUGACGGCGAAAUUCCUUACACACCUUUCCUUAGAAGGAUGUGCGAGCUUGAUCCACCUUUAAAACCAUCAAAAAAAUAAAUGUUACGUCAUUUCCGAUUAUAUUUUUUUGUUAUUUUACGUAUGGUGUUGUAAUAUAUGCUUAAAAAGAUUAAAA